AUGGGAGAUAUGGUAAACGAGAAGAGAAGCAGUGAGGUGGGUGUAAAGGAGCAAGAUAAGAAUGGCCAAUAUAGUAGUCAGAACGGCUGUUCGGCGGUCAAGAUGAGCAUGGGAGAUGAUUCAGAAGAAGAGGAUGGGGUGCUGUAUGGCGAUUUACCGACGGAAUAUCGAUUAGUGCAUAAACUUGGAGAAGGGGCGUUUUCGGCGGUUUACAAAGCGGUAUACGAGCCCACGGGACGUCCGGUAGCCAUCAAGAUCAUCAACAAAGCCAACUUAUCUGGAAAACAAAUAGCCAACAUCCACAACGAAAUCAACAUCAUGAAGCGCUUGAGCCACCCCAAUGUGCUCCGGUUGGUGGACCUGUUUAACAACGACGUGCAUUGUUACAUUGUGUUAGAGUACUGCGACGGGGGCGAGAUUUUCAACAAGAUCAUCGAGUAUACUUACUUCAGCGAGGACUUGUCGAAGUUUAUAUUCUCGCAACUUUUGUCGUCGGUGGACUACUUGCAUUCGAUCGACAUUGCCCACCGGGACAUCAAACCAGAGAACUUGCUUUUCAGCACGAUUCCGUACAACGAACGAUCUGUCGAAGAGUUUGAGAAGCACAAACGGGCCUCCGAUGACAACACUAAGGUUGACGAAGGCGAAUUUGUCGGUGGUGUCGGCGGCGGUGGCAUUGGCAUAAUCAAGUUGGCCGAUUUCGGAUUGGCAAAGCAGCUCAGACCUUCCAACACCAUGGGCUCCAACUUGAAAACUCCAUGCGGUACAGCUGGCUAUACUGCGCCGGAGGUCAUCACCUGCAAUGGUACUAAAAUGAAAAGAUUUCCCAACAAGCAGUCCCAGAGACACUUUUAUUCCAAAGCUGUUGAUAUUUGGUCGUUGGGGUGUUUUCUUUACACUAUACUAUGCGGAUUUCCUCCAUUUUAUGAUGAUGAUCACCACCAGUUGACUAUGAAGAUUUUGAACGGUGAUUAUGUUUUCUUGAAGCCUUGGUGGGAUGAGGUAAGUUUAGAUGCUAAGGAUUUAAUUUGUAAGAUGUUGACUAUAAACCCCGAUGAUAGAAUUACCAUCAAGGAAAUUUGGAAUCACCCAUGGAUAAAGGAUUACUAUGACCCACAAUCGCCUAGUUAUUUCGAUUCAUGUGAUGCUGAGCAUGUAGAAUAUUCUGGUGAAACCGAUCACCUCAAGCCAAUGGAUAUCAUUAGUAACGGGUCAAAUAGUCAUUUCAAUGCCGACUUAAUGUCUCCUAGAGCUGAAGCGAUCAAAAAGGUGUUCAAUAACCCGGCAAUGUCCAAUUCAAGAACAAGUAAAUUCAAACAGCCAGCUUCAUCGGUGCAGUUUAGUAUAGACGACUUGCAAGACUUGCUGAUCCACGAUAAGAAGACAUUACCUAAGAGUCCUCUUCCAGCCAAAAAGGAAUUCGGUAAAUUUGCGUUCAAAGAUGUGUUUGAUGGUAACAAGACAGUGAUUAACGAGAAUGACGAAUAUGAAGAAGAUUCAGAAGACUCAAUCAACGAUCUUGAUGAAAGCAGUGAUGAAUUGCAUGAUGAGUUGACCAGUCUCGACAAAUUCUCUGUUAAACAACUUGAAAGUCAACGGUCAUCAAUAAAAUCAAAUUCAUCUGAUGACGACAAUUCUCUUCAUGAUGAUUACAAUGAAGAUUAUCAAACACGGUCUAGUUCUAUUAUUAGUGGUAUCAAUGGCGACUACAAGUUUACAUUGAAUUUAAAUGACUCAAAUUUAUUGAGAAGAAGAUCUUCAACUGUGAAAUCAAACAAAUCCUUGGCAACUGAUUGA